AUGAUGUCGGCGUUCACGCCAGUCAGUCCUAAGAACUACCAACAAAUCGACUCUCUCUACAUGACGCCAAACACUCUUAUCAGGAAAAGUCCAGUCAGUAGUGAACUCACUCUACUGACUGGAAGACGAUAUCGGCAGAGUGAAUUGGCAAAUCAAAUCUCUUCGAUCCAACGGGAAGUGUUAGACAUCUCUCAAAAUUUGGACCAAGACACUUCUGGUUCACAAACGUACGAACAGUCUGUUAACAGACUCUGUUACUUACAAGCCAUUCUUAAACAAAAACAGAAACACCUUCUUCGACUCCAAAAAAAUGUUGUUGUUCAAAAAUCCAUCAGAUCAAAAAAGAGAAACUUGCUCCUCAAGGAAAAUUGA